AUGUCUGCCGGAAAGAACUCACUCCUGGAGAAACCAUCCGAAGAACUCAAAUUGGCAGGCUCUAAUCUCACAAUUCAGCACUGUGAAAUUGUGGCUUCAGCUUUACAAUCAUCAAACUCACAGCUGAGAGAGCUGGACCUGAGUAACAAUGACCUGCAGGAUUCAGCAGUGAAGUUACUGUGUGCUGGACUGAAGAGUCCAAACUGUCAACUCAACAUACUGAGAUUGCCAGGCUGUAAUCUUACUGAUCAGCACUGUGAAACUAAGGCUUCAGUUUUACAAUCAUCAAACUCUUCUCUGAGAGAGCUGGACCUGAGUAACAAUGACCUGCAGGAUUCAGGAGUGAAACGGCUGUGUGCUGGACUGAAGAGUCCAAACUGUCAACUCAACAUACUGAGAUUGGCAAUCUGUAAUCUCACUGAUCAGCACUGUGAAACUAUGGGUUCAGUUUUACAAUCAUCAAACUCUUCUCUGAGAGAGCUGGACCUGAGUAACAAUGACCUGCGGGAUUCAGGAGUGAAACGGCUGUGUGCUGGACUGAAGAGUCCAAACUGUCAACUCAACAUACUGAG